CUUCCGGUUCCGACCCUGAGUCCUCCUGCAGGCGGCGCUCUGAGGCCCAGACUACCUGAUUGAAGAUAUUUAUAGAGUUUAGUCAUUUACACGAUAAAGUUUGACAUAUAAACGAAAAUCUACUCGAGUUGUCAAGUUUGUUAAAUAUUUACACGAAUUAACGGUAAUUAUAAGCGACUCGCAACAAACUUCUGAUGAGAGCCGAGAGGUUUCUCUUGAUUUUGUUGUGUGUCUUCUUCACAUGAAGAUCAGAUGAUGGAUGCUGAGAUCAUCAGGAUAGAUUCAGAUAUCAGUGUAUCAUCUUCAGAGGGACUGACAGCACCUGAGUUCACCUGUCACUGUUGUUAUGAUCUUCUCAUUGAUCCCACCACACUCACCUGCGGUCACAAUUUCUGUCGUCACUGCCUGGCGAUGUGGUGGUCUUCCUCCGGCCAAGCACAAUGUCCAGAGUGUCGAGAGAUAUGGGAAGGUUUUCCCAAAAUCAACAUUCUCCUGCGGGACGCGGUGGAGAAGUUGUUUCCAGAUGAUGUGAACAGACGGAGAAGGGGUGUACAGGGUGACCCGCAGGCCUGUCAGGUUCUCCUGGCGUUCCAUCAGUUUGGAGAGAAACGGGCUCAUGGUGCAGGUGCAUCAAAGCACUCACUACAGCAAAAGGGAUUUUACACUGGAGUCAUAGCAGCGCUGUCCUGCAUGAGCUUGUUGUUGUUAUUGUACAUGAUGUGGCCCAGAGUUGAUCAGGAUGCGGUCAGUAAACCGGUCAGCAGGUGGAGUGUUGAUGAUGUCACUCUGUGGAUGGAUGAGUUAGGGGACUGGAGCAGACAAUACAGAGAAACAUUCAGAAGGGAACAGAUCAGUGGCAGAUUAUUGAUUGUUCUCGGAGAUGAGGAUCUGUCUGAAGCUCCGUUCAGGAUAGAAGAUCCUCUCCACAGACGAGCUUUACUGCAGGAGAUCCAGAACAUCAAACAUCUCGGAGUUAAAGCACCAGGAAACCUGUGGGAGUAUAAGGCCAUGAAUUUAGGGAAAUCUCUUUUUCUGUUGAUUGGUCUGAGAGAUUCUCCGCGUGUUACGCUGCUUUACCUCUAUCUGUUUGAUUAUGACCAAACGUUUCUUCCAUUCAUCCACACCUCCUGGCCUGCACAAAGAGCCAACACAACGCAGGAUGACCCAUCCCACCAAACUCAGCAUGAUCAGCCAACGUGGCGUCAGUGGGCGGGGUUUCUGGUCAUGUACUGUCUGCUGCCCUAUCAUCUGCUGAUUGAAUUUGCAUGGAAUUGGCUGAACGUUCAUUAUUGGACAUCACGUAUUGUCAUCUUAAAUGCCUCAUUAUUGUCAGUGCUGGAAAUCACAUUUAUUUGGAGACUAUGGAGCAGAGGAGAAAUAAUGACCCUACCUAAUAGGAUGUGGCAUCAUUUGAAGAAGACGAUGUCGCAGUGGUUAAUAUUCGUGCUGCUGUGGCCGAUCAUCCCUCAGUUCAUCUGUAACUGGGAAUUCUACAUAGGCCUCUACUUCAGCCCAAUCUUUAAUAUAGUCGUGUUGAGCAAAAACUUCUAAAUUCAGACACUGCAGCUCUGGAUAUUUAACACACACAAGCAUAAAGCUAUGAUACAGCUGUGGCCUUUAAACUCAAUCAUACAAAUAUACAGGAACACAUAAACUCUUAAUAAAAACACUGAAUCAGUUCACACUCAGAAUCAGAAGUUAAUCAGUUCUGCUCAAUUCUACAUUUUGAAUGAUACUUACCGAUGUGUGGAUGGGUGCACAUUUAUGUUUGUUUAUAUUUAUGUAUGUUUUAUUUAUUGUUUAUAGAAAUUGUUUCAAAUCUAUAUUUUGUUAUAAAAAUCUAUUUUCUGAUUCUUCUUAUAUUAUUGAUAUUAUUUUAAUAGAUUGUUCCAUAUUUGACCUAACAAAUUAAUUGACUGUUCCAUCUUUGUCUUUGUUUUAAAAUAUUUAAUUUUGCCAUAGUUUUGCAAAAACAUUCAAGACGGUAAUAAAUAGUUUUCUAAGGCCGAUGUGUGAUUCUUUGAGUUGAAUUAAAAUAAAAUACUUCGUUUUAACAUCUAGCCCUAAAUGGUGUAUUAAAAAAUAAAGAUCUUUUGUUUUUUUAUGGUUUGGCUUCACAAAACUUUUCAAUUCACAUUACACUUCAAAGCAGCUUUACAGAAAGUAAGAAGGAAAACUUUGAUUUCCAGGUACAGAAUAGUUUUGCAGUAAGCCUACUUUAUUUGAUGGAGUACACUUUUAAAAUUGAAGGUUCUUUAUAGCGUUGCCAUAGAAGAAAUGUUUUUGGUUCUUCAAAGAACCAUUUAGUCAAAGGUUUUUUAAAGAACCAUUUCUUUAUACAUUUCUAUAUUCUGAAGAACCUUUUAUUACCUUAAAGAACCUUUUGUGAAACAGAAAGGUGCUUCAGAUGUUAAAGGUGCUUUAAAGAACCAUUUAGACAGAAAGGUUCUUCUAUGUAUGGCAUCAUGA